UACGUUCAGAUUGGACCGACCGUCUGGUUUGUCAACAGAAAACCUAAGGCCAGAUAACUAUAUCAGUAUGUGAUAUCCUUCUUUCCGAGAAUGAGGUACUGAAGCUGUGUGGUUUACUCUUGCCUCGGACCGUCAGAAUAAAUGAUCCUCGGUCAUGGCUCAUGAGCCGGCCUACACAGGGUCACAUCACCAAGGGUUGGCAUCCCCUUGGAAGAACUGCAAACUGUGUUCUCUUCAGUGUAAAUCUUCUCGGGAAUUCGCUCGACACUUACGGGAAUUUCAUUGUUCAAAAGAAGGAGGGUCAUAUGUAUGCAGGUAUGGACCAAACAACAUUUGCCCAUCAUUACCACUAGAGGGUGUAAGUGAUAUGGACUAUGAAAACCACAUAGCAAGGGACCAUGUCCAGGCCUCUGGCAGAAAGAGAUCAGAGACACAAGAUAGUUAUUCUUUGAUGAUGUCUCCCCCGGGCUCUGUUCCUUCUGUUGUCCAUGACCAGCACAGAUGGACUGUUUUUGACUCACAAGUGAACCUCCCUGCUGCUCUUAAUGACCCUCUUAGAGUCAAGAGAGAGACAGACUUCUUCACCAAAACCUGGGGCCAAGAGUUCUAUGAGAAGAUGUAUGUUCCAGAAUCACGCUAUCUCCCAGAUAUUGAUAGAAAAUAUUUUGAAAAAUAUAAGCACAGAAUUUCAAAGAGAUACAGACGAUAUGCAAAAUAUAAAAAUCAAAUCGAGCAAGAAGCCCCUGGUGGAGAAACAUUUUUACAACAAAUGGAAAAGAACAGAGCUGAACUUCAGCAGCUUCCUAAGUUGUUCAUGCUGUCAAACUUUGACCUUGAGAACACAGACACAUUCAAUGCAGUAUUUCCAUGGACACAAGUGGAAGAUUGUCAGAAAAAUGGAGGAUCCUCCCAAUCCUCUAAGCUUUUACAGGAGAAGCUGAGUUACUACUUGGACAUCGUGGAGGUCCACAUAGCAAAGCAGAUCUCCACCAAGUCAGACGCCUUCUUCCAAGCGGUGUCAUCUCAUGACGUGCUACAGGAAAAUAUGCUGAAAACCUGUCAGUCCAUCAAGCAGCUGAGGGACAAGAUCCAGUGUAUUGAUGAGCUGCUGACCCUGGGGUCACUGAAGAUAAUGAAGCUAUCUCAGACCAGGGCGAACUAUGUCAAUCUUCAUAAUAAGCUGAAGUUAAUGGCCACUGUUCACCAGACACAGCCUACUAUACAGUUACUGCUGUCCACUCAAGAGUUUGUGGGGGCCCUAGAUCUCAUCUCCACCACCCAGGAAGUCCUGACCCAGGAGUUGGCAGGGGUACAUAGCUUCAGACAUCUUGGUUCCCAGUUAGCUGAGUUAGAGAACAUCAUAGAGAGGAUGUUACAGGAGGAUUUUGGGAAAUGUGUGUCUUCUGACCUAAAUCGACCAAUCGCUGAUACUGAGCCACUGAUGGAAGAGGAGAAGAUUGUAUCCCUUGUGUUUGGAAUGCUGAGGAAGAGCCGUUUUAACUUUGUAGAUGUUUAUAGAGAGGAGGCUUUCACAGCGGUCAAGGCCAUUGUUAAACAGACGGUAGUAGAGGCUGUGUCCGUUGCUGAGAAUGUGGAUACAGAGGAUAGUGUCGGCAGCCUGGCAGAUCAGAUGAGAAUGUUAAAUUAUCCCCAAUGGAUGGAUCUCCUCAAACAAAUCUUCUCUAACUUAUUGGUGCAUCUCAAAAGAGCAAAGACAUUCCAUGGAGUGAUCAGUGAUGUGAUAGGGAUAGCCGCAGGGAAGACCCUGGUCCCCAGCCCCCUACCCUCCCCCACCCAGGAGGAUUGUCUCCUGAGUGAAGCCACUCAUCUCCAUGUCUCUGUGAGUGAGGAGGCGGCAGACGUGAUGAUCUCGGAGGCUGAGUACGUCACGGUCCAGGCCAAACUCAAUGAGAUGUUGUGUGCUGUAUGUGACCACGCCCAUGAUAGGUGUGUCAAGGUCAUUACAGCCAGGUCAAAGGAUGGAUUUCUGGAGCGUUUGUCUUCCAGUGAAUUUGUGGCUCUGUCCAGGGAGGUAGAGAAGUUUGUGACGGAUUGUGAGACCAUCAGUGGGCGUCGAUGUAUGUCCCUCAGAUUUAGUCUGCAGUCACAGGCUUCCAAAUUUGUGAACAGAUUUCAUGAGGAGAGACGUACAAAACUCAGCCUGAUCCUGGAUAAUGAGCGAUGGAGACAGGCCGAUGUCCCUGCAGAGUUCCAGGAACUUGUCAAUCACAUCACACGCACAGGCAUGCUCACCAUACCAGACAGGACAGCAGACUCAGAGAAAGGUCCUGCUGAAGUGCUGGUGGUGGAGACCCAGACAUUUGCUGUCGUGGGCACUGUGCUGAUGUUAAUGAAGAUGAUGGUGGAGUAUUGUCAGUGUGUGGACAACAUUCCCUCGGCCGCCCCUGACCUGAUGUCUAGACUGGUCGACCUUUUCAAGAUUUUCAACUCAAGAACUUGUCAGUUGGUUCUUGGUGCCGGUGCUCUGCAACUUGUGGGGCUAAAAACCAUCUCUACAAAAAAUUUAGCCCUGGCAUCGAGGUGCUUGCAGUUGGUUGUUUACUUCAUUCCAAAAGUCCGCCAGCAUUUUGAGGAAAAACUUGUGUCUAAAAAUAAAUCAAUGCUCAGAAACCUGGACCAGGUACAAAAGGAUUACACGGAUCAUAUCAAUGAAAUUACAAACAAACUUGUGAGUGUCAUGGAAGCUGUCAUAGCCCAACAGCUGUCAAAGUGGGAAGUGAAGGCCCCAAUGCCAUCAAUGUGUUUUAGAUCCAUUUGUAAACAAAUCAGCAAGAUGCAUGAGGCUGUCCUUGACAUACUUCCAGCUGAUCAGGUCAAGGAACUGUUUGGGAGGAUAAACAGUUGUUUUAAGAAGUUGGUUGCUCAGCAGCUGAACACGCUGGAGGUCUCCAAGAAUGGCGGCCCUCAGCACGGGCUGGUGAUGUCCGACCUUGCAUUCUACUCGGGAACAUUCAAGACAUUACGAGGAUUAGAGAGCCUGGCUCAGGAUACAAAUGAUGUGUGGGAUAUCAGGUGACAGCGUUUCUCCCAGUCAGUAGUCGCCUCUCUAUGUGCAAUAAACAAACCCUGGGCAUUCCGUGGAAUCAAACUCGCUCUCUUUACACAUUUGCCGUGUGUUUUAUUUAUUGAAGACUGUGCUGUUUUAUGCAUUUUAUGAAAUGUUUAUUUUCCAAGUCUGUGAUUUAAAUAAUCUAUGGCAGUGAUAUGUAUACUCUAAUAAAACAUAAUUUAUUGACA